CAUGAUCAUCGUUAUACUCAGCUAGCUAGGGCGGACGCUGUUAUAAAAUCAAAAAUAACUGUCGCAGUCAGUGCGGUAAUGUCGAAGACGAACGACGGUUCGACGGGGUGCCGAUACUGGCGCACAGUGAUGCCGAGGCCGAGUGUAUUUUUUCUUCUUCUUCUCGGUGUCUUGGUGAUUAUAUCUAACGGAAAUUACGGCGUACACGGAGCUAAGAAUGUGCGCCAGGACGAACCUAGUGUUACGCGCAGUGGAAAGACUUCUUCAUCACCAACAGGAUCAUCAUCAUCAUCAUCACCAGGACAUCAUCAAAAAGAAGUUGAGCCGGUGAUAGAAGAGGUUACUACUAAACAGCUCGAACGUCUUCUUCAAGAGAAGGACUUUGUUGCUGUUUACUGGUAUGCAAGAAGUUGCGUUACGUGUGAUAAAGUUUUAGCUGAACUCGAAAAAAUAGACGAUGAUACCGACACAUUUGGAGUUGAUUUUGUAAAGAUUAAUGAUAAACGACUAGCUAAGCAAUAUGGGAUCAAGAAUUUUCCAGCACUUACAUAUUUCCGGGAAAAAGAACCAAUUAUUUAUGAGGGUGACCUGAUGGACGAAGAAGGUGUCUUAGAUUUCCUCACAAGUCUUGAAGCUAUGGAUUUGCCUGAUCGAAUUGAGGAAGUAAAUGCAAAAAUUCUCAAUAAAAUUGUUGAAGACACUGAAUUUGUAGCCGUACUGUUUUGUCCAGAUUCGGAGCGGUGUGCUGGUGCUAGUUCUAACAAGCCAGACUGCAAAAAAUGUGCAAAAGCUCUAAUGGAAUUAGAGAAUAUCGAUGAUGAAGCUGAUCAGUUGGGUAUUGGUUUCGUUAAAAUCGCUGAUGAAGAACUUGCGGAGGAGUAUAAUUUAGGGCCGUUGCCGAAAUUAGUUUACUACCGUCAUCAGAUACCCAUUAUUUAUGAACACGAACUAAGCAAAGAAGAAGAUGUUUUAGAAUGGUUAGUAUCAAACAAGAGUACUGGUGACGAAGAAGAUGUAAUUGAAGACGUAACUGCUAAAACUCUCAAUACUUUGAUUGGAAAUAUGGAUAAUCUUGUUGUUCUUUUUUAUGAUCAUGGGGAUGACGAUUCAAUGCAAGUGCUUGCAGAACUAGAAAAAAUAGAUGAUGAUUUAGAUAAACAUGGAAUUCAAUUUGUUAAAAUAGAUGAUGUUAAAGCGGCUAAAGAUUUCGGAAUUGAUUCUGUUCCAGCAAUUGUUUAUUUUGAAAAACAAAUUCCAAAUGUUUAUGAUGGCGAUGUUGAGAAUGAAGAUGAAAUACUUGAAUGGUUGUUGUCUCAAUUAGAAAAAGAUGAAAUCGAAGAUGUUACCGAUGAAAUGCUUGAUCGUUUGGUAAAAGAAGGCAAGACUAUUGCUGUACUGUUUUACGACAAUAACGACCGUAAAUCUCAAAGAGUUUUAAAUGAAUUAGAAAAUAUUGAUGAUGAGUGUGAUCAACUUGGCGUUGUUUUUGUAAAAAUUGACAACGCUGAAGAAGCUAAAGAGUACGGAAUCGAUAAAAUGCCAGCAUUGAUUUACUUUGAGAAAGGUAUUCCAACUAUAUAUGAGGGUAAUCUUGAAGACGAGCAAAAAGUUCUAAAAUGGUUAGAUGAUCAACAAGCGUCCGAUCAAAUUGAAGACAUUACUGAUGAAAUGCUUGAUAUGGUCAUUGAAAAAAUGCCACAUGUUGCUGUUUUAUUUUAUGACAAAGAUCAGAAGAAAAGUCAAAAAGUAUUAGCUGAAUUAGAGAACAUUGACGAUGAUUGUGAUCAGCACGACAUUGCAUUUGUUAAAAUAGAUGACGAUGAAGAAGCUAAAGAGUAUGGUCUUGACAACCUCCCUGUUCUUGUUCUAUUCGAGAAAGGAAUACCGCAUAUUUAUGAUGGUGACCUGAUGAACGAAGAUCAACUUCUUGGCUGGCUACUGCACCAAAAAAAACACCGUGAAAUUCCCGAGGUGACUGAUGAAAUGAUGGAGAAACUGAUUGAGAAACAACCCUUCCUCGCCGUAUUAUUUUAUGAAAAAGACGACAAGCAGAACAUAAGGAUUUUAAAUGAACUGGAGAAUAUCGAUGACGAUCUCGAAAAAGAAGAAAUCGUUAUGAUUCGUAUUGACAAUGCAGCCGAAGCCAAAGACUAUGGUAUCGAUCAUCUUCCCACUUUGGUAUAUUUCGAAGACAAAAUUCCUGCCAUCUACGAAGGUGAUCUACUCAAUGAAGAUGAGGUGCUUCAAUGGUUAGUCGAGCAAAAAAAAACUGCCACUAUCGAAGAAGUUACUGAUGAAAUCCUGUCUGGGCUCAUAGAUGAACAUGAAUACGUCGUUGUUUAUUUCACUGGCAAUUGCGAUGAAGGCGAUGAAUGUGAAACUGUUUUAAAAGAAUUAGAAAACAUUGAUGAUGAACUCGAUGAAACAGGCAUCAUUUUUGUGACAACUGAAGAUACAGGAAUAGCUAAAAAACAUAAUAUUAAAAAAUUACCAGCAUUAGCUUUCUUCAGAAAUAAAGAACCAUUAAUUUAUGAAGGUGAUGUUGAAGAUGAAGAUGAAGUACUUUCUUGGCUUACUGAUGAAAAUACACUUGAAAUACCUGGUAAAAUAGAAGAAGUCAAUAUUAAAAUGUUGGAAAAUAUUCUCGAAGAAAAUGAUCACGUUGUUGUCUUCUUUUAUAAAGAGGGUGACAAAAAAAGUCAGAAAAUUCUCCAAGAGCUUGAAAAUAUUGAUGACGAAUGCGAAGAAGAAGAUAUUGAUUUUGUUAAAAUUUCUGAUGAUAAUAUCGAAAAAGAAUACGAUCUUCCUGGAUUACCAGCACUUGCUUUUUAUCGUCAUAAAUUCCGGCAAAUUUACACUGGAGAUAUGAUGCAUGAAGAGUCUAUUCUUGAAUGGAUUUUACAACUUCGUCAUUCUACACCAGAUGUUAUUGAAAGUGUUGAUCGUAAAACACUCCAAGUUUUAAUCAAUGAUGUUGAGCAUCUAGCAGUCUUAUUUUAUGAUGAUGAUGAAAAAAAAUGUAGUACGUGUCAUCAAAUAUUAGAAGAACUUGAGACAAUUGACGAUGAUACUGAUAAAUAUGGAAUUCAAUUUGUCAAAUCAAAAGACGCUAAAUUAGCUGCUGAAAUUGGAAUUUUCUCAUUUCCUGCUCUUGUUUAUUACGAAACUGGAGUUCCCAUUAUGUAUGACGGUAAUAUUUUGGAUGAAUCGGAAGUGUUAGAGUGGAUGGUAAAGCAAAGAAAUGACGCAAGUAUUGAAAAAAUAGAUCGUGAACAAUUGACAAAAUAUAUUGAAACCAAAGAAUUUUUAGCGGUUGUAUUUUAUAAAGAAGAAGAUCCUGAGAGUCCUCGUGUAUUGAGACACAUUGAACUGAUUGAUGACGAAGCUUCUGAAUAUGGAAUAAAAAUAGUUCAAAUGGGCGAUCGUUUGAUGGCUAAGAAAUAUGGAUACAGAAAUCCUCCUGGUAUUACUUACUUUCGCAAAGGAAAGUACAUUAAUUACGAUGGGGAUAUAGACGAUGAAGAAGAAAUACUUGAUUGGUUGACAAAUCCAGAGAACAUGGAACUAACGGAUCAUAUCGAACGAAUAAACAAAAAAAUGUUCCAUAAAAUCCGACAAGCAUCUGAUUACGUAGCAGUAUUUUUUUACAGCAAAGAUUGCAAACAAUGCAGUAAGGUACUGAGUGAAAUAGAGCACAUUGACGAUGAAGCGGAUCAUGCUGGAAUUAAUUUUGUUAAAAUUGACGAUAAACAAUUAGCUAAAGAAUAUGGAGUAUUUGCAUUACCUGCAAUAUUAUUCUUUAGAAUGGGAUCUAAGGAACCGGUUAUUUAUGCAGGUGACUUGUAUGAUGAAAAUGCAAUUCUCCAAUGGUUAAUGACACAAAAAGAUCCAUCUGGAGAAAUGAUAGAAGCAUUGGAAGGUGAAGAUCUUCUUCAUCUUAUCCGCGAAUCCUCAUCACUAGCCGUAUACUUCUGGAACAGAACGCUUUGUGACAUGUGCCAAUCCAAAACGUUCCGUAAGCAGAUGCGGCACAAACAUCACCAGGAGGUCAAGACUACUGAACAAGCCGAAGUACCAGAAGAAGCUGAUGACAGUGACGAUUGCGAGCAGUGCGCUGGAAUACUUGAAGAAUUGGAAAAUAUCGACGAUGAUUGUGAUCGACAUGGUAUCACUUUUGUUAAAACUCAAGACUAUAAAAUUGCUGAAGACUAUGGUGUAACAGAUUUUCCAGUAUUAGUUUACUUUGAAUCUCAAACACCUAGUGUAUUUGAAGGAGAUCUAGCUGAAGAAGAAGAAGUUCUGCAAUGGCUCAUUACACAACGAACUGAAGACAGAAUUGAAUUGAUAACUCGAGUAAUGUUAGAGGCUUCUGUUGAAGAUACUCAAUAUCUAGCAGUAUAUUUCUAUAAAUUAAAUUGUCACAUUUGUGAUGAAAUCUUGGAAGGAUUGGAACGAAUAGAUGAUGAGUGCGAUGUUUUUGGAAUUCAAAUGGUUAAAAUUCAUGACCCUCAAUUGGCUAAAAGAUACUCAAUUAGAACAUUUCCAGCGUUAGUCUAUUUCAGAAACGGCAAUCCAUUACUCUUUGAAGGUGAUUUACAAAGUGAAGAAUCUGUAUUGGAAUGGUUAAUUGAUGACGAUAAUCGCGAAUUAGCAGAUGAAAUCGAAUCUGUUAAUGAGAGAAUGUUGGAACGUUUAUUCGAUGAAUCACCUUUCUUAGCAGUUUUCUUCUACGAUGAAGAUUGUCCAGAAUGUGAUGAAAUAAUGGAAGCUUUGGAAAAAAUAGACGGCGAAGCUGAUCUUUUUGGUAUUGAUUUUGUAAAAAUAUCGAGUCCAGAAGCAGCUGAAAAAUACGGUAUCAUAAACCUACCAUCACUAACAUACUUCCGUAAAAAAACACCUAUCAUAUAUGAUGGUGAUCUUACUCAAGAAGAUAAAAUACUUGCUUGGCUAACAUCACAAGACGUAUUUGAAAUUAAAAAUGAAAUUGAAGAAGUUAAUAAAAAAAUGCUUGAUAAGUUACUUGACGAAAAUGAAUUUUUAGCCGUAUUCUUCUAUGAACAUAACCAUAAAGAAAGUGAAGAAGUAGAUAAAAAAUUAGAAACAAUCGAUGGAGAAACAGAUAAUCUAGAUAUAACGUUUGUGAAAAUGGCGGAUCCACGAUAUGCUAGAAAAUGGGGUGUAACUAAAUUACCAGCUAUUGUAUAUUUCCGUAAAAGAUUUCCAAGUAUUUAUCGAGGUGAUCUUCAUAAAGAAGAUGAAGUACUUGAAUGGUUAAGGAAGAAUAGGUUCCGACAACCAGAAUUAAAUAUCUACAUGUAUAUGCUAUUAGCAAUCACAAUUUUGUUUGCGUUGUACACAGGCUUUCUUUUGUCUUGUUUUCGAUCAGACCAAGCUCCUACUCCAGCACCACAUCCAAAACAAGCGUGAAAUUGUAUUAAUUUAAUAAUCACAAAUUAUUUUAAAUAAUAUUUGCCAGCAGUAUUUGGUAUCGCGUGCAACAAAUACACGAAUAAUAUUCCAAUACCCAGGAUUUUUAAUUCAUAUUAUUAAUAUUAUUAUUAUCAUUAUUUUUACGCUAUAAAGUAAUUCAAUAAAACGUCCUCAUUUUUUUUUUUUGAAACAAUAGUAGAGUUACUGUAAAGUAAUUUGACCUCUAUAUUAAAUAUAACGAUCAUAAUUAAAUAGGUCAUUAAUCAUUAUAAAUAUUUAUUACAAUACUUUAAGCGAUAAAUAUUGUUUAAUUUAUAUAUACUGUCCACUCUGUUAAUAUAAAUAACUAUAAUAUAAAUAAUAAAACUUUUGCAGUUGGACCUUAUUAUUACGGUUUAGAUAAUUCAAUUAAAAAUUUUUUCUUUUUUUUUAUUAUUAUCAGUAUAAUUAUUUUACUUUUAAUAAUAUCACAUAAAUUGUUGAAUAAAUUUCAUGUAUGUCUCUAAAUUUGUAUCGAAAAAAAAUAUAUAUAAUUGAAAAUUGUAAAUAAAAAGGUCCAGCUGUGAUUAUUAAUAGCGUAAAAUAAUAACUUUAUACAUAAAUAAUUGUUGCUAAUAUAUAAACAGUUAUUGCUGAUAUUGUUAUCUUAUAAUUGUUAUUACUACAUACUUAUUAUCACACAUACACUUAUUAUCUUAUUAUGAUGUUCAUUAAAUGUUUUAUUUAUAUAUAUACAUUUAAAUUUCCACCUAUCCAAUUGUAUAAAAUACACAUUAAAGAGAAUUUAUAAUCUUCUUGGUAAGAUCUCUGUAAUUAAAGUAAGAAUAUUCAUCUAUUCCGUUUUACUGUACACACAAUUCCUCAUGAUACAUGAUAUAUAUUCUAAUGAAUAUUAUAAUAAAGAAUCAAAGGAACCUUUGGACCAAUUUUAA